CCUGAUUCAGUGGGACAGGAACAGCCUGCUUCGACUUCCCCGCCUGACCGCCCGUGAUAACAUCGAUUCAGGGAAGAUCCUACUGUACGGCAACAAAAAAAAGCCUAGAUCGAAGUUUAGUCUCGAUUUAUCCUUAACCAAUACCCGUAUAAGGAAUUUAGAUUCCUACCAUUCCUCCAAAUGGAUUUUUAAAGCGGUGAAGAGUUCAAAUCUUUCCAGGAUAUCUCCGGCAUGGCGUCCACAGUGACCCUGGAGGAUGCUCUCUCCAACGUGGACCUGCUGGAGGAACUGCCCCUCCCGGACCAGCAACCCUGCAUCGAGCCCCUGCCCUCCUCACUGGUCUACCAGCCCAACUUCAACACCAACUUCGAGGAUCGCAACGCCUUCGUGACGGGCAUCGCCCGCUACAUCGAGCAAGCCACGGUGCACUCCAGCAUGAAUGAGAUGCUGGAGGAGGGCCAGGAGUAUGCCGUCAUGCUUUACACUUGGAGGAGCUGUUCCCGUGCCAUCCCUCAGGUGAAGUGCAACGAGCAGCCCAACAGAGUGGAGAUCUAUGAGAAGACCGUGGAGGUUCUGGAACCUGAGGUCACCAAGCUCAUGAACUUCAUGUACUUCCAGCGCACAGCCAUCGACCGUUUCUGCGGCGAGAUGCGUCGCCUGUGCCACGCCGAGCGGCGGAAGGACUUUGUGUCGGAGGCCUACCUGCUGACGCUGGGGAAGUUCAUCAACAUGUUCGCCGUGCUGGACGAGCUCAAGAACAUGAAGUGCAGCGUGAAGAACGACCACUCGGCCUACAAAAGAGCGGCCCAGUUUCUCAGGAAGAUGUCCGAGCCCUCCUCCAUCCAGGAGUCCCAGAACCUCUCCAUGUUCCUGGCCAACCACAACAAAAUCACCCAGUCCCUGCAGCAGCAGCUGGAGGUGAUUAACGGCUAUGAUGAGCUCCUGGCGGACAUCGUCAACCUGUGUGUGGAGUACUACGAGAACAAGAUGUACCUCACUCCUAACGAGAAACACACUCUGCUCAAAGUUAUGGGCUUCGGCUUGUACCUGAUAGACGGCAACAACAGCAACAUCUACAAACUGGACGCCAAGAAGAGACUCAACCUGACAAAGAUCGACAAAUUCUUCAAGCAACUCCAGGUCGUGCCUCUGUUCGGGGACAUGCAGAUUGAGCUGUCCAGGUACAUCAAAACAAGUGCCCACUUUGAAGAGAACAAGUCCAGGUGGUCCUGCACCUCCACAGGCAGCAGCCCCCAGUACAACAUCUGUGAGCAGAUGAUCCAGAUCCGGGAGGACCACAUGCGCUUCAUCUCUGAGCUGGCUCGCUACAGCAACAGUGAGGUGGUGACCGGGUCAGGGCGCCAGGAGUCCCAGAAGACAGACUCAGAGUACAGGAAGCUGUUUGACCUGGCUCUGCAGGGCGUUCAGCUGCUGUCUCAGUGGAGCGCACACGUGAUGGAAGUGUACUCCUGGAAGCUGGUGCACCCCACUGACAAGUACUCCAACAAGGACUGUCCGGACAACGCCGAGGAGUACGAGCGAGCCACCAGAUACAACUACACCAGCGAGGAGAAGUUCGCCCUGGUGGAGGUGAUGGCCAUGAUUAAGGGUCUGCAGGUGCUGAUGGGCCGCAUGGAGAGCGUGUUCAACCACGCCAUCCGCCACACCAUCUACUCAGCCCUGCAGGACUUCGCCCAGCUCACGCUGCGAGACCCCCUGCGCCAGGCCAUCAAGAAGAAGAAGAAUGUAAUUCAGAGCGUCCUCCAGGCCAUCAGGAAGACCAUCUGUGACUGGGAGGCGGGCCGCGAGCCCCACAACGACCCAGCGCUCCGCGGGGAGAAGGACCCCAAGGGGGGCUUCGACAUCAAGGUCCCCCGCCGCGCGGUGGGCCCGUCCAGCACACAGCUGUACAUGGUCAGGACCAUGCUGGAGUCCCUCAUCGCGGACAAGAGCGGCUCCAAGAAGACCCUGCGCAGUGCUGAGGGUCCCACCAUCCUGGACAUCGAGAAGUUCCACCGGGAGUCCUUCUUCUCCCACCUGCUCAACUUCAGCGAGACCCUGCAGCAGUGCUGUGACCUGUCCCAGCUGUGGUUCAGGGAGUUCUUCCUGGAGCUCACCAUGGGCCGCAGGAUCCAGUUCCCCAUCGAGAUGUCCAUGCCCUGGAUCCUCACCGACCACAUCCUGGAGACCAAGGAGGCCUCCAUGAUGGAGUAUGUGCUGUAUCCUCUGGACCUGUACAACGACAGCGCCCACUACGCCCUGACCAUCAAGAAGCAGUUCCUCUACGACGAGAUCGAAGCCGAGGUCAACCUGUGCUUCGAUCUUGUCUACAAGCUGGGCUGAUCAGAUAUUGCCUACUACAAGAUCUAGCUGGAAGGUCUUGCUGCUGACAAGCGUCUGAGGGCUGACUGUAAGAACCAGGGAGCUAACAUCCCCUGGCCCCCCUCCAACCGCUACGAGACCUUACUGAAGCAACGCCACGUCCAGCUCCUGGGGCGCUCCAUCGACCUGAACAGGCUGAUCACCCAGAGGGUGUCUGCUGCGCUCUACAAGUCCCUGGAGCUGGCCAUCAACCGCUUCGAGAGCGAGGACCUCACCUCCAUCAUGGAACUGGAGGGUCUGCUGGACAUCAACCGCAUGACCCACAAGCUCCUCGGCCGCUUCCUCACCCUGGACAGCAUGGACGCCAUGUUCCGCGAGGCCAACCACAACGUGUCGGCCCCGAACGGCCGCAUCACGCUGCACGUCUUCUGGGAGCUCAACUACGACUUCCUGCCCAACUACUGCUACAACGGCUCCACCAACCGGUUUGUCCGCACUGUGCUUCCCUUCUCCCAGGAGUUCCAGAGGGACAAGCCGCCCAACGCCCAGCCCCAGUACCUGUACGGCUCCAAGGCCCUGAACCUGGCCUACAGCAGCGUGUUCGGCUACUACAGGAACUUCGUGGGCCCCCCUCACAUCAAGGCCAUGUGCCGGCUGCUCGGUUACCAGGGCAUCGCCGUGGUGAUGGAGGAGCUGCUGAAGGUCGUCAAGAGCCUGCUCCAAGGCACCAUCAUGCAGUAUGUGAAGACCCUGAUGGAGGUGAUGCCCAAGAUCUGCCGCCUGCCUCGCCAUGAGUAUGGCUCCCCAGGGAUCCUGGAGUUCUUCCACCACCAGCUGAAGGACAUAGUGGAGUACGCAGAGCUCAAGACCGUGUGCUUCCAGAACCUGAGGGAGGUCGGCAACGCCCUCCUCUUCUGCCUCCUGAGCGAGCAGAGCCUGUCGCAGGAGGAGGUGUGUGAUCUUCUGCAUGCUGCACCCUUCCAGAACAUUCUCCCCAGAGUCCAUGUCAAAGAGGGCGAGCGCCUCGACGCCAAGAUGAAGCGCUUGGAGGCCAAGUACACAGCUCUGCACCUGGUGCCCCUGAUCGAGCGUCUGGGCACCCCUCAGCAAAUCGCCAUCGCCCGCGAGGGAGACCUGCUGACCAAAGAGAGGCUGUGCUGCGGCCUGUCCAUGUUCGAGGUCAUCCUCACGCGGGUCCGCGGGUUCCUGGACGACCCCAUCUGGCGAGGCCCGUUGCCCAGCAACGGCGUGAUGCACGUGGACGAGUGCGUGGAGUUCCACCGCCUGUGGAGCGCCAUGCAGUUCGUCUACUGCAUCCCUGUCGGAGCCCACGAGUUCACCGUGGAGCAGUGCUUCGGGGACGGGCUGCACUGGGCCGGCUGCAUGAUCAUCGCUCUCCUGGGGCAGCAGAGGCGCUUUGACAUCCUGGACUUCAGCUACCACCUCCUGAAGGUCCAGAAGCACGACGGCAAGGACGAGAUCAUUAAGAGCGUGCCUCUUAAGAAGAUGGUGGACCGAAUUCGCAAGUUUCAAAUACUCAAUGACGAGAUCUUCGCCAUUCUGAACAAGUACCUGAAGUCAGGGGAUGGUGAGAACAUGCCAGUGGAGCAUGUGCGAUGCUUCCAGCCGCCCAUCCACCAAUCACUGGCCAGCAACUGAGGCUACAACCGACCGUCACCCGUCCGCCAUCUUGGACCAGCAAUGUUUUCAAUAGUUCGGCUGGACCAGACAGAAAUAUUCCUCUCAUCUGCAUUGUCUCAAGCAGCUGUGGACCAUUAUGUCUAAGUAGCCCAUAAUACUAAGUGGCCCAACUUUUCUUUAUAUUGUCUGUCAUGAUUUUUGUACUCACUUGUGCCUUAUCAAAAUGAAAAGCUAUUUUCAUUGUUUUGUUUUUUUUGUGAAACUCUACAUUCUGUUUUAUACUUAUGGAAAGCUACAGAUCAGGGAGGGGGAUAAGACUUUUAUCAACUGAUUAUUUAAAGAUUUGCAGUGGUGAAAAAUAUAGUAUCAAUGGGGAAUAGUAGCCAACAGGUGGGGAUUAAAGAAGUUUAUAUUUUCUAUAUUAUGUUUAACAUUUGCAUGCUAUAACCUAUAAUCUUAAAAGGACAUUUUGGAAGGUAACCAAGUUCUUACAAUCAUUUAUUCACCGUGCCUUUUUGUGUUGGAAUUGUUUUAAUCAUUUUAACUCAAUAAAUAUGUAACAAAUGUC